CAGCUACAGCAUGCAGCGCUGCAACAUCGCCCUCUUUUGCUCCGGACUAAAAAUGACAUGUCUGCUUUUGUCAGCGACAACCAGACCAGUCAGACAGUCGUUGGUUCGCCUGUAGUAUUUGCAAGCAACAACCAACCGCCUGAAUGUAGAUCCGCAUGGGCUGCUACUACUGCUCCAUCUCUCUUAAAAAACCCGGCGGAAUCAUAAGAUACGGAUCCCAGGAUGGUGUUAGUGCAUGUAGGAUAUCUGGUUCUUCCCGUAUUCGGCUCAGUAAGAAACAGAGUAUGGAGGCUGGCUCUACAUUCUGCAUUUAUCAGAUCUUUGUCGUCCCCCCCAUUGUGUAGCUAAUGAUCAUCUGCUGCUGUGUGGUGUGGCGUGGCCUCUGCCUGUUCUCUGCAUUUAGCUGUAUUGUGAAUCCCUUCUUCAUUUCCUCUUUCCAUCAGAAGACGACAUUGGUAUUAAAAGCACCCCUUCCCGAGAUGUAUUCAGCUAUAGACUGUUUCAUGUUAAGCAGACUAAAACUAUAGCUAACACCUAGAACACAGCACCUUGUUUUGUCUUUUUUUCUGUCAAAUUGCUGUAGCACUGAGUAAACAUUAUAGCUCCUUUCUAGAUAUCAGUUGAAUGUCAUUGUGUACCUCCCAUCCAGUCUUGUUAGACAACAUGCUGUAAAUUCCUGUAAAGUGGAUACAUUUUGCAUGAUCUCAAAGUACUGCACUUGCAUCGUUGAACACCAGAAUUUGGCUCAUCCUCCUUCUUUUCACACAAGGUGCAAUGUACAUUAUCAAACCAACCUGCGAUUGACAAAGCAGAUAUGCAAAUUGGAACCAUGUGCAUGCAAUUUCCUCCUGCCAUGUGACUGAAGGUACACUGCACCUGCACACAGCAACCUACCAUAACUGUCUCCAUUUUUUGUGUAAUCUUUUUGUUCCCUUUCGCAAAAUUUCAAGCUUUGAAUCACACUGAAUCGUCAGGGCCCUUUGUGGGCAUGUUAAAUUUUUCAAUAUGAAGUUGGAAAACAUGCUUACUGGUGGUUCAUCACUUUCAAAUUUACCCCACUAACAUAAAACCAAAAUGCUAUCCAUUUCACAGGGAUGCCUAUUUUUUCCUGCACUGCUAAAGAGAUCCUCUUAUUAUUAAUAACGUCUUUAUUGUUUGGUUGUGGUCUCUCUUUACCUUUUGUUCUGGUAAUAGUACUUUCAGUGCAUGGUCACAUUUAUGAUUCAUAAUUAUUUUUGUUUAUGUUUUUUCUACAUUGACUAGUGAAAAUCCAAUGUAAUCUUUCUGUAGUAAAGAUGUACCCUUGCUGUACUGAAAUCAUGUGCUGUAGCCAACACGUCUGCUCAUUGGAUGCUGCUUUUGUUCUUUUUUUAACCCUAUAUGGAGCAUGGUGGGCCUUGCCUUCAAUCUAUGUUGUUUAGUUUUGUUGCAUGGUUUUAUACUAUUACAAACAAACAAGGAAAAAAAAUACACAAAUUCCACAUAUACUAAUAUUUUUCAAUAAAGAAUAUAGUGUUUAUCCUAACCUUCAGUGUGCUUCUUGCUGAUUUCCAUUUAUUCCCCCCAUCCCCCCUUUUGCCUUGUCCCUACCUGCCCCUCUCCCUUCCACCCCAUCCCCUCCACCCCCCUCAACCACCUCCUCUCCUGCUAUGACAAAGAUAGAUGAUUUCCACGCUUCCUCCAUCACAGGGCCUGAAUGAGUCUAUCUGCUGUCAUUCAUGGUGAUCGUUUUCACUGAGCUGCUUGAAAACGCAGUGUGCUGUUUGCAGUCUAGACUCGACCCGAGGCGGCAAGUUCAACCUCUUGUCUGCCUGGCUGUACUGACAAACUACCAAGCUGAAACAAAGAUGUCUUUAUUCUUUUUUUUUUUUUUUUUUCGGAGGGACACGUCGCUUUUUAAGCCGACUGCCAGCAAAUGCAAUGUAGACUUUGUCUAGUAAUGUUUCCAAAACACUUGUCAAGGAAAAGAUUGGUGUGAUUCUAUGUGCUAACUUUCACUUUUGUUAAAAUCAAGACAUAGUACGUUAAAUCUGCUCCCCACUGGGUGAACAAGAAUAAUAUAAAUGAAAUUAUCCUUAUAGCUGCGAAUCGUCUGUACUUAUGAAUCAAAAAGUCUUUACUUUAGGCAGAGAAUUAAAACCUUUUUGUGCCUGAGUAUAACCCAGCCUGCAAUUUUCCUCCCUUAUUUUCCAGACAGCAGUCUGUUCCCUGUAUCUGCCAAAUAGCUGUGGUGGGAGAGCUGGAAAAAGGCAUUCAAACUAUUUCCUCUUAACUGCUGAAUGGAAAAACAAUGUAGUCAUAGUGAUCCCAUUUUAACCGGCAGCAGCAGCAACAGCAGCAGCACAGCCAUGCUACCUCUUGCCGGCACUUCCAGUUAGGUCCUCAGGCCCCUCUGCCCAUGGACUUCCCAAUGCCCCAUCCAGGGCAACCGCAGUCAGGCAUGAAUCCCCACCUGGCCCCUCCUGGCCACCAGCACGGUCCUCCGCUCCACCCACCUCUCAACCCACUGCCCGCUCCGCAAUUCCAGGACAUCCCCGGCCCGCCCUUCCUACCUCAGGCAUUACACCAGCAAUACCUCCUCCAGCAGCAGAUCCUCGAGGCUCAGCACCGACACAUUCUGCCGCCAUCCAGUAGACGCACCCCAGAGAGAGUCCCUCACCAGCCACACAGACUGCGACCAGGCUAUGAGUUUGGUCCUCCUCUUCAUGUCCCUCCUCAGCCAGUGGUGCAGCAGCCUCGCUACCUGGCUGAGGGGACCGACUGGGAUCUCAGUGUGGAUGCCGGGCUGCCCCCUCACCAGUACCACAUCCACCCGCUGCCGCAGCACUAUCAGCACUACUUGACCUCCCCCAGGAUGCACCACUUCCCCAGAAACAAUGCCUCAACACAAGUGGUCGUCCAUGAGAUCAGAAACUACCCGUAUCCCCAGUUGCACUUGCUGGCUCUGCAGAGUCUCAACCCUUCCCGGCACGCCUCUGCCGUCAGAGAGAGCUAUGAGGAGCUUCUGCAGCUGGAGGACAGACUGGGCAGCGUGAAUCGUGGAGCCGUCCAAACCACCAUCGAGAGAUUCACUUUCCCCCACAAGUACAAAAAGAGAAUACCGCAGGACCUGAAGAUGUGUCUGGAUGACGAGGAGCUGGACACAGAUGAGAAAUGCACCAUUUGUCUGUCGAUGCUGGAAGAUGGAGAGGAUGUAAGGAGAUUACCCUGCAUGCACCUUUUCCACCAGGCCUGUGUGGACCAGUGGCUGGCCACCAGCAGGAAAUGCCCCAUCUGCAGAGUGGACAUCGAGACCCAGCUGACUCCUGACAGUUGAUGGCUCCUCUUGACUCCUGCAGCUUUAGAUGUGGUCUUGUUAUUUCUCCAUCGUCUCCCCCAGUUGGUCCUUGGGGAAGUCCUGCCAAACACCCCUCUUUCCCUCUGCAUCACUCAAAGAGCCUGCCUUCUGAGACAGCCGUGACAGAGGGAUCAACAAAGCACACUCAACGUACAACACAACGAGAGACGGGGCGGUUGAUGCACAGAUAGGUGGCUGGACUGAAGGUCAGUUUAAAAAGGACUUUGCUGGAUGUAAAGGUUAGGAGCAGAGACACGUAUGGACAGAUGUGCUGAGGCUUCACACAACUCUGUCAGAUCGUGUACUCCCACUUACAUUUCUCCAUACAGCUGCCAAGAGAGAGGACGCUCUUGACUGCCAACCUUCCGAGCUCAGUGUGGUGUUUUAGGGCCGUUUCUCUGCCAGUAUAGCCAAGCCCUCUCUGCCCUCUCCCUCCUAGGCCUGUGAAAAGUCCUUUAAGCCGUACUCUGCCCAAGCCCUCACUCAGCACAUCUGUACAGAACAUUGUCAAAUGAUUAGCAUGAGGUUGUUAGGUGUGAACUCUUGUAGCUGAACGCUUGUGGUGUAAUGGAGUAUAGUACUGAAUAAGUAUUUACAGAGUAACAGUGUUGUGUAGCAAGCAAAAAGCCUUUUGGAGAAAUAUGUCUGUUAAAAAAAAUCCCACAGAGAGGAUCUAUUGAGUAUUCAGCAACGAGAGAAAGAGCUAAUUAAAAGAAAAACAAACAAAAAAGGCCAAAAAUCCCUCUUUCUUGUCUAACAUGGUUUUGGAUUUACAGUUAGUAGACACCAUCAGAGUUGAUGCUGAACCCGCUAACUGCAGGCAUGGCUUUCAGUGAUGUGCGUAGUGUCGUAGCGGGGCCUCUGCAACCUAGAGCAGAGGCCUCGGAUGUGCAUGCUGUAUGGCAGGCUUGGGCUGUGUCGUUAAUAUUGUGGAGCAAGUAGAAACAGGAACUGUGUCUGUGCAUGUGAACCGUAUAUUAUGAUCAUUCAUAGAGGAGGACAAGAAUGCACCCAGUAGCCCCUCACCCAUCCCUCACCCUGCUGCUCACCCUGAGUAGACCACGCUUGCCUUUAGACGCCGAUCUCACACCAGUGUGGCAUUUCUCUCCUAAUCACCAUGUUUAGGAUUCAAAGAUCUGCGGGUGGAUCUGGGUCUAAUGGCAAAUCCCUCCAUAGCCUCCCUCGUGACAAGGCAUGGGCCGGUAUGAGAUUCUCCCGGUUUGAUAAAAGCAAGGAAAAAUGCCACGGUUUCUGGGUUUAAAAAAAAAAAAAAAAAAGUAGCUACAGCAUAAUCUAAUUGUUUUUAUUUCAUGAGCAUAAAUGCAAUUACUAUUUCCACUGCUGCUAAGAUAUAACCUCAUACUCCUAUAGAAUUAUUGCAAUAACUAAUAAUAAUGUUUAUGAAAUGUUGCUAUUGUGAUGCACAUAUGUAGACACAGACAGUAGGCACACACUCGUGUGUGAACGUUUACUGUCUUUAAAAUCAGUGUCAGCUAUUUGCACAAAAUUUUAAUCAGUAUCAGCUGUAUAUAAGUUAUGAUUAUGGUCUGAAUCCUGAAACAGUCAAAAAUGUUCAGAUGAAAUUUAAAGUCAGCCAAUAAUAAAGAUAAGUGACGGCAUAACUAAACAGUACAGGUGUGAUGAUACAAUCAGCGACAUUUGGUUCACCAGAAUGAGAGCAAUUUUACCAAUAUUUUCAGUUCUCACUAGUCAUAAAGUGUUUAAAAUAAUUUAAAAUCAGUGUAAUAUAUUACACUCCUUUUGACUAGUCCAUAUAUUGCUGUUUCUGGCAGAGUUAGGAAGCUGUAAAGCAGAUGUAAUGUUAGCAGCUAACGGUUAGCCAGUCGCUAGUUAGCUAGUGGUAUUACUUACUGCUUACAUAUUGUUUGUAUCUCACAUCAGUUUCUUUUCUUUUUUGUUGUUGUUAUUUUUACCAAGUAUCCAAAAUACAGAUUAAAUCAGGGAAUCAUAAGAUGAGAUGACAAUUUUUUUUUUGAAAACUAAGUAAACAAUCCCAAAUCACAAACUUUGGUUUAGAGAAUCUGAAUUCAUUGACUCGCCCAUUUAUUUAGAUUUUUAUGCUGUUUAUGAUGUGGAAAAAAAUUAUGCAUAUACAUAUAUAUAAAAUGUAUGUGUAUAUACACAGACAUACAUUUAUAUAUUUAAAUUAAAACAGGUCAAUUAACCCUUUUAAAGCACAUUGGUGCUAAAGUGCAUAAAGAAAGACUAAGUUACUGAACUCCAAUAAAAACUAACCUUUGAUGCUUGCAAAUCCCAAGAAAUAAUAGAAUGACUUGGCAUGCUACAUUUGGAAGUAUUUCCUCACUUCUUCCACGGUAGGAUCAAUAAAUGUGUGCGUUUGCUCAGUGAGACUGAACCAUUUACCAGAACAAUUGCACUAAUUAAUGUAAAUGGUGUAGCACAGCUGCUUAUCUAUUGAGAAAUAGUUGUUUAUGAGGAAAUGUAAUUUCUUUUUAAAGUCAGUUUCAUUAUUGUUCCAAUAAAUAUAACAAAAUAAAGUUUUAAGCCCAUAUUCCAACACAGUUGGUUUGGUUGAUUUUUCCAAUGGACAUGCUAAUUCUUGUGUAGAGUUUCACCACUCAGGGUAUUUGUGGCGGGUUUAGCUUUGACCUGGUAAAACAGAUUUAAUUUCUAUUUGAAAAAUGUGAAAUAAAAGGAACAAGAAAGCUGCUUAAAACAUUCUUACCACCUGUGAGCAAUUCUACAUGAUCUGUGUUAGGAUUAGGGGUGUUGUCACACAGUGUGUGACAGAAAACACAGUUUUGCUCAUAAGUUAAAACAAAAAUUUCAUUAUUGCAUUAUUAAAUCUGAAUUAUUGCAUUUUAAAUUGGUUCUAGUAAUAUUAGCAAUUAGCAUGUUUAGUGUGGUUUACUGUACUAAAAAGCAGUCUGUGCGUGUAUUCCCUAUUAUAUGGAUCCUUAAUUUGUCUUUUUACUUUGCCAGAAUAUCCAGCAACAACAGAGCAACUUUCCUAUACUCUGUUUACCCCUCCUGUGAUCUGCUUAAAGUCUUGCUCUCUCUCGCUCUCUCACAGCCUGAAUGAACCAAGCCUCAAAAUGUCAGAGAAAAUACAGUAUCUUUACAAUCUGAUUGCAUAGAUACUGUAGUACAAGACAAUCGCUUUUUUUAAUCACUGCUUCCUUGAUAUAAUUUUACUGAAGUACACCUCUCUGAUUAUUGAAAGUAGAUAACUUUCUGACUUAGAAGUUACACCAAGUAAGGUUGUUUUGUCAUGUCUGGGGUUUUCAAAAUUUGGCAAAAUUAAGAUUUUUAGGUUUUUAGCUAAAAAUAAUCAAAUUAUGAUCAACAGCUGGUUUCUUGAUGCAUCUCUACACUUGUUUGCUGCUCCGUUCAUAGACAAGCACUACUUUUCUUAACACUAGGAAAUGUUUCAGAGAAUUCCUACUCUAUGCUCAAACAUCACCAUCACUGGCAUUCUCAGUGAAAUGGGUUCAAUCCUCAGGUAUGGUACGAUGGAAAAUGUUAAUGGCAUUGAAACCGUGACUUUUCAAAAACCGUGCUAUACCGUAAAACCAGAAACCGUCCCAUGCCUGCUCAUGUCUUGACGGCACUCACACGAGGCUGAUGAUGCAGUGCCUGAGUCUCGCCAUUCGAGUGACAUUUCUAUUUCUUAUUACCAGAACCUUAUUGCCUAUCAGACAAGCACAUGUGAUUACUAUAUAGAAGUAAAUUGCCUCUGUCGUGUAUCAGCUCCUUGCAUUUCAAUCGUAGUUGCUCUGUCUGUUUGAAAACUUAUAAAGACAAGACUGUGUGGUGGUGUUACAGGGAAUAUCCGAACUAGUCUGCCUGUGAAAUGUGCUAGAAUGUGUACGAUUGUCCCCCACCCACUCUCCCUCAUGGUGCUUGUGUAUGGUAUUGCUAGAACUGUGAUAUGUUCAGUGAUAGAAGCCGUUUCUCUGUAUCAUGCAUGAACCAUGUUGGCAUACUUCACUUGAAGGAGGGUGAAAGGGAGAAAAAAGCCAUCCAUUUGAAAAAUACCAAACAACUGUUCUUAGCAUUAAUUUUAUUUUAAUUGUCUUUUUCUUCCAUUUCUUUUUUCGUUUAAUUGUAUGUUUUAUUUGUUUUUUUUUCUUUGCUCACCUGCCAAUUGGGACAUGGUACUAAUACGCCAAAACCUUGUCCAUUUUAACCAUCGUGAAAAAGAAGCUGCAAUGCUGCAAAAAACAUAUUUAUUGUCGUUCUAAUGUAGCUUGUGUUUUGUAAAUGCACUAUAAUAUGGCGUUGCCUGAUAUUUUGGUUUGGUGGUGUGGGUACUUCUCGUCCGAGGUUUUGUGUUUUCUUUCAGUUCCAAGUAUUUUCAUGCUUCCUUGUGUACUAUUGGAAGGUAACUUGACUGUUUGUGUUGCAUUUUUAUUUUAUUUUAUUUACAUAUGUAACCUCCAUCCCAAAAAAAAAAAAGAAAUUACAAAUACAUGAAAAUGGAGGUUUUGCUAGUCCACAUAGAAUGCUGUGAUUAAAGAUGCCUUAAGUAUUUAACAAUCAUUAUUUAUUACUAACUGUAGCUAGCUAGCUAUUGUGGUGGAAUAUUUAAUGUCUCUGUCUCAUAACUUUGCAAUUUAAUCAAUAUAUUUAUUUAAAAUAACACAAAAUAUAAAAAAAAUUACCUCAUUAUGCAUUGGUUGGUGGGGAUGCUUGUGCAUGCCGUCUGUGUUUUGUUUUUCAAAGGAGAAAAAUUAGAAAAGGUGACUGAGGGACUAACCAGCAUGGUGCUGUUGAUCUAGAUUACAUUCCAUUUAUGUCAUUUAUUGAUUUAAUCGCUGAAUGUUUAAACUUUCUAUUUAUUUUAAUAUCACUCCUGCUUCCAUCUACCACAGAUGUCAGGGUGCAACCCUGUUUGUCUUAUAGCUUGCUUUUGUUUUGCUCAUAAUAAGCCGUGAUAUUUUAUUAGAUCCUUUAAUGAUCAUAUCCCUCAUAUCAACAUGUCGCUUUAGUAAUCAUAAUUUAGAAACCACAUCAGUUGAAUUAUCUGUUGCUACAUAUUGCUAGGAGUUGCUUCGUGUGGGAUUUAUGGGACUUCUCUUACAUGCUACCUUGAGCCAUUGAUCUUUUGAGCAAACUUCUGGUGUUACUGUGGUUUUACAAUAUAGAUGUUUCACACCUUGGUAUGAUAAGCUAACUGCGUUUUUCGGUGUGCAUUUCUUAUUAAUACUCUACUAAUCCUGCAAAUUAUUCUAACAUGUAUUGGAUUGGAAUGAAGCUGACUGGUCUUACUAUAAUUUCAUUUCGUGCUCUCACUGGCCUUACCCUGUGCCCUCCACUGCGUACCCCGGUAACUCCAGGCUGAACUGGACAGUAGCCAUAGUAUUAACUCAAGCUGAUGAACCGGAAUGAACAGUAGAACUCAAAGCACAAGCUUUUUAAUGCAUGUCCUUCUCAGGUUUUCCUAUGUGUAUGUGGGAGUAGCUCUGUAGACGUGUUUAAUAUGAUGCUGUACCUUCUUGAAUAUUUCAGAUGUUUCUUUGCUGCUGAGAAAAAUGUUGAUUUUUAACCUGCCAGUGAAAAAGGGAAGUGGCCAUCUUUGUACAACACACUGCUGUUUUGCUGUAACCGCGCAAUGUUUUAUGAUCUUGAGUAUUUUAUAGAAAUGUAGAAGUAUGUAUCAAUAAUAUGAAAGCAAUAGCUAAAUCUUAAUGAAGAAUAACAUGAUCAGUGAAUAUUGUGGAAAAUCUUUAGAUUCACUCUGGGUGGAUUUUGUACUGUAUUUAUUACUAAUGAUGAUGCAAAAAGUUGCAUAGCUUAACCCAAACUGUUCUGUCUCUUUUUUAUUUAUUGUCUUGUAUAUGAUCUUUUUGUAUGUGUUUUUCAAAUAAACUGCCUAAAAUGCUGACAACUAA